CUAAAAAGGGAAAAUAGGCAUUUGAUAUUAUUGUUCCGAACGAUUUUUGGAACAUGAUAGACUUGUGUUUGAAGGUAUUCACUCCACUAGUGAAAGUUCUUAUACUUGUUGAUGGAGAAGAAAAGCCUUCAAUAGGCUUUGUUUAUGGAGAGCUACUAAAGGCAAAGGAUGACAUUGCAAAAAUAUUGAAGAGGGAAUGUGAUUAUAAGCCAAUCUUGGACAUUAUUGAUGCUAAAAGGAAGGGUCGCCUUGAUAGUUCACUUCAUACAACGGCUUUUGUUUUGAAUCCAUUCUAUUUCUUCAAGAAUCCAUGUAUAAAAGAUGAUUCAUUCAUGAUAAAUAAUUUGAUUGCUUGUGUUGAGAAAUUCUUUCCUAAUGAUCAAAUGCAACAUCAUGUGAUAAAUAUUGAGUUGCAAAAAUAUGUCCAAAAGGAAGGUUCAUUUGGAAGGAAGCUUGCAAUAAGUGCAUGUGAGAACAAUGAUGAAAAUUACAAUCCGGUGAGUUGGUGGGAUUUUUAUGGGAAUGAAACACCCAAUUUGAAGACCAUGGUAAAAAGGAUACUUGAUUUGACUACUAGUUCAUCCGGUUGUGAAAGAAAUUGGAAUUCUUUUGAAGGGGUAAGUAUUAAUUAGGUUGUUACA